AAGCAGCGUAACCACCCUUCCGGUGAUACCGCUGCCAUUUUGACACCGGAAAAAGCGGAGAGCUCUGAUACUACGCGUUUGUUUUUGUCGGUCUUAUACCCGCAUAAAACGAUUUCACCAUGGCGAUGCAAGCAGCGAAACGUGCGAAUAUACGAUUGCCUCCUGAGGUGAACAGAAUCCUGUACGUCAGGAACCUUCCCUACAAAAUCACAGCUGAGGAAAUGUAUGAUAUCUUUGGCAAAUACGGACCAAUCCGCCAAAUCAGAACAGGGAACACGCCUGAAUCAAGAGGAACAGCGUAUGUGGUUUAUGAAGACAUCUUUGACGCCAAGAAUGCCUGCGACCAUUUGUCAGGCUUCAAUGUCUGCAACCGUUACCUGGUGGUCCUCUACUACAAUGCAAACAGAGCUUUCCAGAAGAUGGACACAAAGAAGAAAGAGGAACAGCUGAAGCUUCUAAAAGAGAAAUAUGGCAUCAACACAGACCCCCCAAAGUAACGAUGUGGAAAAACCAUCCUCACCUCAUCCUUCUUUCCAUCUGUACAAACCGUAUGCUCCCUGUUUUACACCGGUAGUCAUUUUACUGAUACUGUUGUUAGAUGUUUUUUUAUAAUGAUAAAAAAGGAAAGGAGGGGUUUUCUUUUUCUGUAUUUCCAUCAUCAAAUCUCUGAACACCGGCCCCGCUGGCGGUGGGGGCCCAGUUUAUGCCCCCGUUUCUCAAAAGUCUUCACAGGAGACACCAGUGUGACCAGGAAUGUCUUGUCAUAGUAUUCAUCCUGGGAAAGAUUUUUCACUUUCCACACACAUACAAUCUUAACACUGAUCGCUAUCCGUGGCCCAGCAUUGUGUGACAUUAAACUGAGUUGGUGUAUAUGGUUUCUGUAAAAUAAAUGAUCCUAUUCGAAUA